AUGACUGACACUAAUGCUUGGGAUAUGAUUGCCGAUCCGCCGUCUGAAUUAAGGUCAUCUUCAUCUCGAGGAUCACGAGCCGAAUUCAUGGAGUCACAAGUGUCACAGCAAAUGAUCAAAAUAGACGAGGCAGAACUGCAAGCUCUUGGUUUGGCUAAAGAAGAUAUCGCCGAAGAAGCCGAGCGACAACGAGCGGAUCGGAAGCGACGAAGCAAGUCACCUGCUCUCGAAUCCAUCCGAAAAGCAUCGAUACAUGUGCUGCAGAAAUUCGGCGCAAUCUCUAAGAAACGUGAACAGGCGGUGCCACUCUAUAAAAACCCUGAAAUCGACCUUAUUCCAUUAGAAACAUGCUGUAAGAGGCCAAAAGAGUUCUUCCAAGAGCCGAAGCCCUUUUCGUUCCGUGACCUUGGGAAGAUUUUACUACCAUCGACGGAAUCACGGCAAGAAAAAUGGCCGAAAGAGUUCUUCCAAGAGCCGAAGCCCUUUUCGUUCCGUGACCUUGGGAAGAUUUUACUACCAUCGACGGAAUCACGGCAAGAAAAAUGUGCUUACCUAUUUCGAGGCGCUUCAUUCAGUGACGAAGAGCAGCAGCAGCGGGAAGCAGCUAGUGAGGUAGCCCGCCUUCCGGAAUAUGAUCCUUUCUGCCCUGUUCAUGGCAGUCGCCGACGAUUCGCUCGUCGACAACACCUGGUCACUAUGCAACAUCUGAUGACCAGUGUGGAUCAUGACGACAUGCCAGAAAGCGCCGCAUACCUGUACAACCAAGAUUUCCUCGCGAAGAUUAUUCGGAAGAAGAAGCGUGCUAUGCUGAGUGGUAACGAGAAGAUUAAAGUUGCCAAAGUAAUGCAGAAGAUUAAGGUUUUUGACCAACCUCAAACGAUUUCGAAAAUUCCCUCUCUACAUACACUUGGUCGUGAAUCUUCGCUGUUCAAGGCCAAUCUCCUCAUCAUAUCGGUGGCGUUUCUGUUCCUUUUCUCAGCUUUCAACGGCCUCUCGAACCUUCAAACUUCAGUGAACAACGAACUUGGCGCGGACAGCCUGGCUGUCCUCUAUUUGUCAUUGGCCAUUUCAUCGCUGUUUGUUCCAACUUACAUGAUCAAUCGACUUGGUUGUAAGCUCACGUUAAUUGUCGCUACGAGCAGCCACGUGUUCUAUAUGGCUGUAAAUAUCCGUCCAAGCUACUCAUCACUUAUUCCAGCCUCUAUCCUGGCGGGCAUAGCAGGUUCCUGCUUAUGGGGAGCUAAGUGCGCCUAUAUUACAGAAAUGGGCAUUCGUUAUGCCCGUGUAAAUAUUGAAAGUCAGAACACGGUCAUCGUUCGAUUCUUUGGCUACUUCUUCAUGAUAGUGCACAGCGGGCAGGUAUUCGGUAACUUAUUGUCAUCUUUGAUCAUGACAGCAGCGAUGAAAACACCACAACCUCUCGAUCAAGUUUAUAAGACGUGCGGUCACGCAUUCCCAACAAACCUCUCCGAACUUACAGAAAUAGCUGCUCAGAAUCUCGAGCGGCCAAACAGCAGAAUAUAUCUAUCAGUGUGUCUGACUUAUCUGGCUAGUGCUAUAGUUGCUGUAAUGAUCGUCUCAAUGUUUUUAAAUGCUCUGCACAAAGAUGUUGUCAACAGAGGUAAAGCACCUAUAUUCGACGCUCCAAUUCUAAAGCAAACGCUGAGAAACUGCAGAAACCCGAAAAUCAUGCUGUUAGUACCUCUCACAGUUUUUAACGGCUUUGAGCAAGCUUUCGUGAUUGGGAUUUUCACAAAGGCAUUUGUUGGAUGUGGAUUAGGCGUUCCCCAAAUAGGUUUCGUGUGCACCGCAUUCGGUAUAUCAGAUGCAAUUUGCAGUUUAGUGUUUGGUCCCUUGAUUAAGUUAUUCGGUCGGAUGCCACUGUUCGUUUUUGGGGCUGUGAACAAUAUGCUAAUGAUUGUUACUCUAAUGAUUUGGCCUCUGAAUCCUGCUGAUAAAGCGAUACUUUAUGUAGCCGCUACUGUAUGGGGUAUGGCAGAUGGCGUAUGGAAUACUCAAAUAAACGGAUUUUGGGUCGCACUCGUGGGUAGGCAAUCGCUUGAUCUCGCAUUUACCAGCUAUCGUUUUUGGGAGUCCAUCGGUCUGGCUGCUGGAUUUGCUAUGUCCAGGCUGUGUUCCGUCGAAACAGUUCUGCUCAUUUUAUUCUGCCUUCUGUUGUUGGGCAUGAUAGGCUAUUGUGCUAUAGAGCUUUAUGAUGAUGUUACGGUCUACAGCAAACGUCGUACUGUGAUGCCUCACAAUAAAAAACUAGUUAUCGAAAAGGAUAAUAAGACUGGUCUCUCGGCACAACCCAGACGAGAAUACAGUUCAUUGACAGAAGUUUGA